UUUAUUUCUUUGAACAAAACCAAAAAUGUGAUUCCUGAAGAUAAGAAAUAAAACAUUGAGAUUUAUCUGUCUAAUCUCUUUUAAAAAUUUAUUUCUGAAAUGUUUAGUGAAAAAUUAUUAUCAAAAUGUGCUGAUGUUUAUUGUGGCUCAUUCAGUGUGUGUUUUCUAAUUUAUUACUUUCUUGUUACUCCCACAUAUCAAAAUUUUACAGACAGUAUCUAUGAUGACAUCAUUUUUUAUACCAACCAGUCUACUUGGAAAAAGACGCCUAAGCCAACACCUUACAUGUACCACAACUUCAAGAUUAUCAGUGAUAAGAAAAUCAACCCACACAAUGCAGAACUCUUCAGGAUAUAUUGGACUUUGAAUGAGACGUUGGAUGUCCUCUUUGAUCCUAAGUAUGAGAAAGAAGAGGGUGCAAUUGCUUUAAAACGAAUCUGGCAUGAUGCAAUCACUCCAAAGAAGACCUACUACAGGAGUACCAGGAAACCAAAGACAACAACUGAGCCGUUCUGGUACUGGGAGCAACCUACCAAGAAACAACCUGGUAGACAGAACCCGUUCAUACUGGUGGAGGGGACUGAUCGUAGAUUAAAACGAUAUCUUAUGAAGAGGAUAAUGAAAAACACUGGGUGUACAAGAAUAAGGACAAUACCCAAAACUACCUACAAACUGCGGAAGAAGUUUGAGGGAGCGGCACUGUUGCCACUCAAACGAGCGUUUGUCACACUUCAACUCUACCUGGCCGCACUCGAUGUGAAUCGAGUGAUAGAGACAGAACCAGUAAUUAUGUCAGGCUUCUGGCUAAACCACGCUGCCGAGUACAUGGCAAGGAAGUACGACAACGAGACUCUUCCUCCUCUCGGCUCCGAGUGCUACAACUGGCCUCAGGACUUGGUGAAGCCGGACUUAACUUUCUACCUCAAUACCCCUCGGGAGGUGAAGAAGGGAGGGAAGGAGGAGGCGCACAGAUAUAUGAGGGUUGUGGAGGUGGUGAAAAGAAUGCAGCCUCCUGUGAUAAUGUUGAACGAGACAUACAGCAACGCAACGCUCGGAAAUGUAAUCCAUUUGAGGUACAUGAUGAAGGAUAUGAUUGGCUCACAGUAUCCACAUAUCAGGUUCAUCAAACCAGAGUGGACACCACCUCCGAAAUAACCUUGUAAAUAAACAUUGAUAAACA